GAAUUUUUUCUUACCCUGAACAAAUUUUGGAGAGAGCGAGGCUUCUGUUGAUAAAGAAUGCCUCAUAACUACUUUUGUAUAUGUGGUUGAGUGUAUUGGUAAAUACUGCAUGCGUCGUAGAUAAAUACAAUACAAACGUUUACUGUGUUUGUGCAAUCUGUUAUGUAUAGUAGUAGUGAAAUGUAGCUGAUAAUACUCGUACUCUAGAGGUGAACGCUUAGAUCAUCACUGGCUUUUGUGUUACAAAGAUGAUGGCAUAGAUUUAAAAAUAUAUCGCGUUUGAAAGAAGAAGUUUUUGAUAAGCGUUCAUCGAUCACAAACUUUGCGCACGGCGAACAUGACUCCACUCAACGAUAGCGGGCAAUUGGCCCACAUAUGUAGUUUUUGUUGUACUAUAAAAUAAUGUACCAAAAUAGCUGUUGCAUAAUUCUUAUUUACACUUUUUCUCUCUUUUGUUUUUUCACAGAGGAUGCACGCAAAACCGGUUCACGCGUACUGCUACACUGUCAUGCGGGUAUUUCGCGCAGCGCCACUAUCGCCAUCGCCUAUGUCAUGCGCUACAAAUCACUUUCGCUCUUCGAGGCUUACAAGUUGGUCAAGGGGGCGCGACCCAUCAUUUCGCCCAAUCUCAACUUCAUGGGCCAGCUGCUGGAGCUGGAACAAAGCUUACGCACGAGUGGCGUUUUGAAGCCGGCCACACCUACGGCGGCCACCACACCCACCACCCCAACAUCUAGUCAAGUCGAAUUUAGCCAGAAUGUAGAUGUAGAUGAGACCGAUGCGUCGCUUUUACGCAAGCGGCCUGCCGAGGCCAAGCGUAAACUGUGCGCCGGCGAUGAUGAUGCCAGUGAUGACCUGUUCGAGGAUGCGCGCAGCACACUGAGCAGCCAUAGCAGCAGCAGCAGCAGCAAUAGUCAAGCGUUGCGGCUAACAUGGCCACCGCCCACAGGCACGCCCGCAACUCUGCUAUCGCAUUGCACUUCGGUGGAGGCCCCCUGCUCAUCUUCGGCCUCGUCGUCAUCGCUCUCCGCCUCCUCAUGCACCUCGUCUUCAGCCUCGACGCCGACUUCACCAUCGACUGCUUUAUCUGCCGCACAAUCACCCUUCCUCUGUUGCACUCCCACCGCUAUGCCGAGACGCCAUUCGCCCGCCAAACUGCGACUCAACCUGCGGUCCACCUUCGCACCGAUACGGCAAUCGCAAUCGUGCAUGUCAAUACGCGAAGUAGCUGACGAGAGCGCAGCCACUGCCACAGUUGUCAGUGAAUCAACAAAUACGGCGCUGGCGAUAGCAGGAGCGGCAGCGCCAGCGAUUGCCGCUUUGGCGCCCAACAACAACAACAGCAAUUUGCCCUUGCCAAUAGCGAUGGAUCAGGAGAAUAAUGUAGUAAUGGCAAUGUCGACCAGUGAUUGAGGAGACUAGUAAUAAUUUAAAAAAAAAAAACCUUUGAAGAUUCACUAGUAGUAAAAUGAAAGUUAAAAAAAAAAAAAUAGGAAAAUAAGAUAAAUAAAAAACUGAACAACGCAAACACUUUGAAAAAAGCUGUGAAUAAUUUUUAAGUGUACAAUAUAUCGAGCGUACCUACCUAAAGAUUACAUUUGUAUUUGUAAAUACAUAUGUACACUAGUAUAUAUGUACAUAUACCGAUCGAGCGAAUAACCGAUCGAAAUGACACCAUGCCUACUAAACUUAAUGCGUAAAAUACGUAAAUACUGCGAGCACAUGGAAAAAUUUGAAAAAACCAAAAAACACCAGAAAUUUUCUGACCGUUAGAUAUGUACACAUACAUAUAUGAAAUAUUUGUAUAAAAAUCGGCAUAUUUAAAAUUAGUAAACGUAGACGUUAAAUGUCGCAUUGCACCAACAAAAGCGAAGCAUAUUAUAAAAUAAAAACGACUACGUGUGAGAAAAACAUUUUUUUUUUAAUAUUUUACCUUCAUACCCUUUGAGAAAAAUUGAAAGAAAACUAACGCAUUGAGACUGCGUCAGUGAGAAAUUAUAAUCAUGCAUUUGCCUACGCUUAAGGUUAAAAUUCAUGUACAUACAUAAUAUGAAGUUUAUAUUUGAAAGUUUAUAUUUAUUUAUUUUUUUUUUAAUUUUAAAUUAAUAAAGUGUUUACUCGCAAAAAAUUAUGACCAAGCAGUUAUUUAUAAUAUUCAAUUUAAGAGUGAGUUAGAUAAAUAAAUUCACAUUCAAAAGCCCAAAAUUUUUUUUUCGAAAAAUGGAAAUUAUUUUGGCAUUCAUGUGUUAUUUUUAGCGUAAUAAACAUAAACUUCACGCAAAAUGGUUCGAGUGCCAUUUUACGAAAAUCAGUACCCAGAUUUUUUCUUUCGCGAUAAUUUUUAUUUUUAUUUUUAUUUUUAUUUUUUUUAUUUCCUUCUAAGUCACUGGGCUUACUUACUUAAAAAAGCCUUAGAAGAGCCGAGCCCAACAUUCGUUUGCGGGCGUUGAUUUUUUUUAAA